AUGGAACCUUCCCUGCUGUGCACCCUGCUGGUGUUUGCUGGUGUGAUUCCAACCCACGGCGGGAUCUUGAACCUGAGCAAGAUGGUCCAGCAAGUGACCAGAAAAAACCCCAUCUUCUCCUAUUGGCCCUAUGGCUGUCAUUGUGGACCUGGUGGCAAAGGUCAACCCAAAGAUGCCUCAGACUGGUGCUGUCAGAAACACGACUGCUGCUAUGCUCACCUGAGGCAGCACCGAUGCCACGUCCACACAGACAAUUAUGACUACACCUUUUCCGAGGGGGACAUCCAGUGCUCGGACAAGGGCAGCUGGUGUGAGCAGCAGCUGUGCGCCUGCGACAAGGAGAUUGCCUUCUGCCUGAAGCAGAACCUGGACACUUACAAGAAACGCCUGCACUUCUACUGGCGGCCCCACUGCAGAGGCCAGACCCCUAUGUGCUAGAAGGGUCCUGCCCGGCCGGCCCGCGCCCCCUACCCUGUUCCUCAGCAUCUUGAGCUCUGCAAGUCCCGUGAGAUGCUGACAUCUCUUCCCUACGAUCUAAGCCCCUGCACCAGCCU